GAGCAUGUGUAUUUCCUCCCGUUCUUUAUCAGAGCCCCCCAAAUAAGUAGGAAUGGGCAGUGGCUAUUCACAUUCAAUACACCUUUUCCAUUUGCUAAUAAGGCCCUGCCAGGCUGGGAGGGAAUUGUUCCUGCCUGCCUCUUGAGAGAGAAGCCAUUGACACCAUCUACAGGCACCAUGGAACUGCUUCAAGUGACCGUUCUUUUUCUUCUGCCCAGCCUUUGCAGCAGUGACGUCAACAACACAGAUGUUAUAAAUGCAAAUACUUCUCCACCAAUUGUCUCUACUGCAAUAAAAACAUCUGCACUACCAUCAAGCACAGAAUCAUUAAGCAGUCCUGUUAUCACACCAAUAAUUGGAACAACUCCUAAAGGAACAACGAACAGUGAAUUACUUAAAAACCCUCUGUUAUCAACAGUUGCUUCAUUAACGACAAGCAAAGAAGAAUUAAUAAUCACAACGACUGAUGGCAAGAAGAAUGAGUCCAUUAUUUCAAAUGUAGCAGUAACAAAUCUUGCACUUCCAAAUGCUGUUUCAACAUUGCAAAGUUACCAACACAAGACUGAGACUCAGAGUACAAUUAAAAUAAUGGAAAUAUCAGGUAGCACUCGACAACCAGAUGCAUCAUCUUCUAAAACUGGUACAUUACACUCGAUGCCAGUAACAAUUCCAGAAAGCACUUUACAGUCUCAAGGCACUGAGAAUGGAAAAAAUGCAAGUGCUUCAGCAGCCAGCCCAUCGUAUUCCAGUAUUAUUUUGCCAGUGGUUAUUGCUUUGAUUGUAAUAACACUUUCAGUAUUUGUUUUGGUGAGUUUGUACCGAGUGUGCUGGAAGUCAGACCCAGGCACAGCAGAAAAUGGAAAUGAUCAACCUCAGUCCGAUAAAGAGAGUGUGAAGCUUCUCACUGUUAAGACUAUUUCUCAUGAAUCUGGUGAGCACUCUGCACAAGGAAAAACCAAGAACUGACAGCUUGAGGAAACCUUCCCACACCUAGGCAAUAAUUACGCUUAAUCUUCAGCUUCUAUGCUCCAAGGGUGAAAAAGGAGAAAGUCCUGCAGAAUCAAUCUCAGCUUCCCUACCUGCUGCUGGCCUGUACCAGUUGUCUAUCCCAGUGAAGUGAUGUCCAGCUCACUUGCAAUAAUUUGAUGGAAUCCAAAGGAGCCCUGGGUCUUUCCUGUCCUCUGACAUUUAAAAAUUACAUUAUUCCAUUUAUAGGAGCAUUCCUAGGACAAGGAAUUUUAGGAGGGUAAUUUGUGAGCAGUGAAUUGACAGCUCAGGAGGCAGGCUCACUGAGAGGCAUGCCUUUCCUUGAAGAUUAAAGUUUUCAGGGCCAAGAAUUUUUAUCCAUGAAGACUUUUCUUGGUUUUCUUAUAUUAACUACUGUUUGUAUUUAUUGUUUACCACUAUGUUAAUGCAGGGAAAAUUUGCAUGUGUAUUAUUAAAUAUUAGGUAGAAAUCAUACCAUGCUAUUUUGUACAUAUAAGUAUUUUAUUCCUGUUUUUGUUAUUUUAAUAAAUAAUUACUGUACUCAACACACUAAAAAUACCACAACAUGACUGUGAAAAUGGCAGUGGUAUUGUCUUCCUGUAAUUAUGAAUACUUUUGGAUGGAUUGUUAGAAUAUAUGAACUCACUAAUGAAAUGCAUCUGUAAUAAAUGAGAAACGGACAUAGAAUUCACAUAUCAGAGUCUGUUAGGGGGACAGUGAUUUCCCAAUUCUUUGGUCUUUCCAUUUGUCAUUCAUACUAUGUGAUGAAGAUGUAAGUGUAAAGGCAUUUAUAACACUAUACUGCAUUCAUUAAGAUAAUAAGAUCAUGAUUUUUCAUUAACUCAUUUGAUGGAUAUUAUCUCCAUGCAUUUUUUAUUUCUUUUAGAAAUGUAAUUAUUUGUUCCAGCAAUCAUUGCUAAACCUCCAGUUUGUAGAAAACCAACACUUUAUAAAUACAUAAUUAUGAUAUUAUUUUUCAGUGUAUCACUUCUCUAAAAAUACCAUAUGAUUAUUGCUGCCACUCCAUCAGGAGCAAAUUCUUCUGUUAAAGGCUAACAGAUCAAACAUGACCACUUUUUGACACAUGAGAUCAAAGUGUCAAGGUGGUUGAGAUUUUUUGGAAAGCUUUGGAACUGAUGAGCUGCUAGUGGCAGCUCUUUAACCUAUGAUUAUCUAAGCUGAUUUUGAUGCUAAAUUAUCGUAGUGAUCUGAGGGCAGUUUGGCAGAGAUAGAAUCUUGUAUUUAAAAUAGCUUUUUAAAACUUGUUUUGUGUAAUGUACUUCACAACUUCAUCUUUAGGAGUUAUAUAAUCAUCUCGAUUUUAGCUUCUUGAUGUUUGGACUAUUUAUAACCAAGGACACCAAGCAAGCAUAAGCAUAUCUAUAUUUCUGACUGAUGUCUCUUUGAGAUGGAUAGGAAGUAGGAAAAAAAAAAAGGAAGAGAGGAAAGAAAAAGGCAGGGAUCUUCACUAUGUAUGUUCUCACUUUGAGCUGUUGUGCCCAUGUUUAAUUCUAACCUAGAAGUCUUUAAGUGGUGAUCCAGUGACUGGAGCAUGCCAAUCAGAGAGCAUUUGUUUUCAGAAAAAAAAAAAAAAUCUAAGUUUGAGACCAGUGUGGCCAACAUGUUGAAACCCCAUCUCUAUCAAAAAUACAAAAAUUAACCUGGUGUGGUGGCGCACGCCUGUAGUCCCAGCUACUCAGGAGCCUGAGGAACGUGAACUGCUUGAACCCAGGAAGUAGAAGUUGCAGUGGGCUGAGAUGGCACCAUUGCACUCCAGCCUGGGUGACAGAGCAAGACUCAAUAUCAAAAAUAAAAUAAAAUAAAUCAAAGAAAAGAAAAAGGAAAAAAAAAAAAAAGAAAGAAAGAAAGUCGCAGCACCCCUAGAUGAUUUACUGAGCUCUUCAGCAAAAGCCAUGUUACCAUACAGCAUAUUGCCAAGAAAUGAACUCUUAGGCAAUUUACAUUACAAGUAAUAUGUUAUUUUGGAUACUAGAAAAACCAUUUUCUCUACAUUUCAUGAGCAUUGUUAGAAAAGAGUUUACAAGAAUCAGGAAGAGCGAAAAAUGUUAAUGGUCGGAAAAGAAUAACAUUUAUUCAGUAAAAGAAGUGCACACAAAGAAUAUGCAUUAAUCUAACAACUACAGAAUUAUAUCUUUCAAAAAGGUCAAAGGAGGAUUGAAAUGUUUACAGAAAUGUCCAUGACAUUUUAUGUCAAUCUCAAAAGUAAGAUCUGUAUUUUUGUAAACUAACUUAAAUUUCUGUUGAGAUAGGAUAAUUUGUUUUCAAGCCAAAAUGAUCAUUAAUCAGAUGGUUUUUAAUUAUCUGAUUUAGAUAAUCUACUUUUUAUACCUGGCUUAUUAUAAGCAUGUUAUUCUGAUAUACAGUUCAAACAUCAUUGCAACAAAGAAGUGCCUGUAUUUAAAUCAAAGGCAAGACUUUCUAUGUGUUUGUCCUGCAUGACAAUAUGAAUAUAAUUUAAGUCUAUCAAUAGUCAAAACAUGAACCAAAGCUAACUAACUGGCACUGUUGUCACCUGAGACUAAGUGGAUAUUGUUGGCUGACACAUACAGGCUCAGCCAGCAGGGAGAGAAUUGAAUUCCCCUUGCUGAGCUGAACUAUUCUAUUACAUAUGGUUGACAAAUCUGUGUUAUUUCUUGUCUAUCUGCCAUAUUUAAAUUUAUGAGUGUCAACUGAGGACAUACUCAAACCUUCAGUGAUGAACCUGCCUGAUUUUUUGCGUGAUUAUGCUCUGUUGAGUUCUACUUGUGGUGAUUCAAGAUUUUAUGAGAUUCUGAAAAGAAAACAGAAUAUGACCUUUAAAAGUUGUAUUUUGAGUGACUAUAUUCUCACUACUAUGAAACUGUCAAUUAUUGCCUAAUGUUAAAGAUAUCCAUCAUUAUGAUUAAUUAAACCUAUAAUGUGUCUUCUUAAUGGAGAAUUUGUGAUGGAUUCUCCCUCGAUCUUUUCUUUAAAAUUUCUCCACACACACAGGACUUUUCAUGUUUCACUAAUUGAGUAUACCCUGCCCCUAUUUCCAGAGAA